AUGGUGGGGGCAAGGGUGGCCAAUGGCAAGGCUUUGAUGGCACUGGUGGCGGCAGUGCUCCUUGUCUGCGGCCGCGGUCUGCCGGCGGCAGUGGCGAGCCGGCGCGAGGAGGUGCACCUGGUGCCGGCGGUGUACGUGUUCGGCGACUCGACGGUGGACGUCGGGAACAACCAAUACCUGCCGGGGAACGCCCCGCUACAGCUCCCCUACGGCAUCGACUUCCCGCAGUCGAGGGCCACCGGGAGGUUCAGCAACGGUUACAACGUCGCCGACUCCAUCUCGAGGAUACUGGGUUUCAAGAGGAGCCCGCCGGCGUACCUGUCGCUGACGCCGCAGACGAGCCGCCAGAUCUUCAGAGGCUUCCGUGGAGCCAACUACGCUUCCGGCGGCUCCGGCAUUCUCGACACCACCGGGAACACCCUGACAUUGACCAAGCAGGUGGAGCUCUUCGCGGCCACCAAGUCAAAGAUGGCCGAGUACACCGGCGGGAAGGGCUCCGCGGCCGUCGACGCGCUGCUGUCCAAGUCCCUCUUCCUCAUCAGCGACGGCGGCAACGACAUGUUCGCCUUCAUCUUGCAGAACCGGACGGCGGCCGAGGCGCCGUCCUUCUACACCGACCUCCUCUCCAACUACACGAAACACGUCCAGACGCUCUACACCCUCGGCGCCCGCCGCUUCGGGAUCGUCGACGUGCCGCCGAUCGGCUGCGUGCCGGCGAUGCGCGCCAAGUCCCCGACCGGCGAGACCGCAUGCGUCCCCGCCGCCAACGCCCUCGCCAAGGGGUUCAACGACGCGCUGGCGGGAGUGAUGGCGAAGCUCGCCGCCGCGCUGCCUGGGAUGAAGUACUCCGUGGGGAGCUCCUACAACCUGGUGACCUUCUUCACGGCGCACCCGGAAGCCGCCGGGUUCAGGGACGUGGCCAGCGCGUGCUGCGGCGGCGGGAGGCUCGGCGUGCAGACCGGGUGCGUGCCCAACGCCACCUACUGCGGCAACCGCAACGACCACCUGUUCUGGGACGGGGUGCACGGCACCCAGGCAACCUCCAACAAGGGCGCCAAGGCCAUCUUCUCCGCGCCGGUGAAGAUGGGCUUCGCCGCGCCCAUCAACUUCAAGCAGCUCAUUUCUUCUUGAUGAUGAAGAAAACGUGCAGCCUUGAUCGAUUCAUAAGCUGUUAAUUUAAUCAUGAUUCUUUUUGUAGAUCGAUGGAGAGAUGCAAUAGAAUCAUAGAGAGGGAACAGCCUUUUGUAUACGAAUUAAGUCGAAAUUCUAAUAAAAAGGUCAAUGGUCCGUACA